CUCCUCCCUGCCCCCCCACCCUGUCCCCGGGUCCAUCGAGCAGCAGCAGAAGGGACAUUUCUUUUUGUCUGUGCUGGACUCGGCUUCGCAUCCUCUCCCGGGGCUCCGCUGGUUUUUGCAGGAGCGACACAGAACGCAGAUCUCCAUGCAGCCGGAUAUUUAACCUGCUUUUUUUUGUUUGUUUUUGCUCUUUUCUCUCAAAGAGCUUUUUAUUUUAUUUGGGGGGUGGGUGGGUUUGUUUUUUGGCACCAUGGAGUCGGUGGAGAAGGAGUGUGGAGCGCUGGGUGGAUUAUUCCAGGCCAUCGUGAACGACAUGAAGAGCUCGUACCCUGUGUGGGAAGACUUCAGUGCCAAGGCCACAAAACUGCACUCUCAACUCAGGACCACAAUUCUGGCAGCAGUGGCCUUUCUAGAUGCCUUUCAGAAGGUGGCGGACAUGGCCACCAACUCCCGAGGUGCCACCAGGGACAUUGGCUCCGCCCUGACGAGGAUGUGUAUGCGACACCGCAGCAUCGAGGGAAAAUUGCGCCAUUUCACCAAUGCUCUUAUGGAAGGUCUGGUUACUCCGCUUCAGGACAGAUUAGAGGAAUGGAAGAAGACGGCAAAUCAGCUGGACAAAGACCACGCCAAAGAAUACAAGCGCUCUCGUCAGGAGAUUAAAAGGAAGUCGUUGGACACCAUCAAGCUCCAGAAAAAAGCAAGAAAAGGCCGAGGCAACCUGCGCCCCCAGCUGGACAGUGCCAUGCAGGACGUGAGUGACCUGUACCUGCUGAUGGAGGAGACGGAGAAGCAGGCGGUGCGCAGAGCGCUGCUGGAGGAGAGAAGCCGUUACUGUUCCUUCAUCACCCUGCUGCAGUCUGUGGUGACGGUGGAGAUCGCCAUGCUGGGAGAGAUCACACACUUACAGCCCAUAGUGGACGAUCUCACUGGUUUGACUGAAGACCCACACAAGCUGCCGCCGGCCAGUGAGCAGGUGAUCCGGGACCUGAAGGGCUCAGACUACAGCUGGUCGUACCAGACCCCCCCCUCCUCCCCCAGCAGCGCUAACUCCAGGAAGAGCAGCAUGUGCAGCCUCCUCCAGAUGCCCUCUGCAGGAGCCCAUCGGCUCAGCAGUGUGUCCUCCCACGACUCUGGCUUUGUCUCCCAGGAUGCCAACACCCACUCUAAGCCUCCGUCGCCCAUGCCGUCUGAUAUCACCAGCCAGAAAUCAACAAGCUCAGCCUCCUCUGAGGCUUCAGAAACCUGCCAGUCUGUCAGCGAGUGCAACUCUCCUACGGCGGACUGGGCCAAACUGAGUUCCUGCGAGCCGUCGCUGGCCAGCACUCUGCAGCGUAGGAGGGAGUCUGUGGAGAAGAUGAGAGACCUGGAGGCUUCGCCCGGUCCACAUGGGUAUUCUGGGAUGCAACCAGAUGAUUCACACCGAGGUCGACUCGGCCCAGCCAGCAAGCAUGGCGAGCCCCUCUCUCCAGCAGCCAGCUCUCUAGCGAUGGUCCUGACCAGAGGCCUGAGUAUGGAGCAGCAGCAGAAGAGCAGCCGUGACUCUCUGCAGUACUCGAGCGGCUACAGCACUCAGACCAACACCCCGUCCUGCUCCGAGGACACCAUCCCCUCACAAGGUUCAGAUUAUGAGUGCUACUCACUCAAUGGGGAUGCUGACAGCGAAGGGCAGGCAGACUUUGACAAGUCCUCCACCAUCCCACGCCACAGUAACAUUGCUCAGAGCUACCGACGCAUGAUCCAGACCAAGAGACCUGCCAGCACGGCCGGUCUGCCGGCAGGUAAGACCCUGCAGGGGACCCCCAAUGGAGCUGGGGGGAGCGGCUCGGGAGUCAUCACCUCGGGGACAGCCACGAUUCGCCGGACACCAUCCUCCAAAACCGGCGUGAGACGCACGCCGUCCACAUCCGGCCCCAUUCCCAUUCGGCCCCCCAUCGUGCCGGUUAAAACCCCCACAGUACCAGACUCUCCGGGGUAUGGGAGCCCGUCACUGCAUGGGACGGGCAGCGAGGAGUUCCUGUACGGUGAUGACCUCUCUGCUCACGACUACAUGAGGGCUUCUCCAAAGCGGAUGAGCCUCCCUGACACAACUUGGGGCUUGGGAGGAGGAGGGGGAGGGGGGGACAGGACUGUCUAUGCCCAGCAGGCUGCUGGCAUGGCCGCCCACUGUGCCGAGGAGGACCCUCUGCUCGCUGCCAACCGCCACAGCCUGGUGGAGAAGAUAGGGGAGCUGGCAGCGAGCGCCCACGCCCUCGGUGAGGGUCAGUUCCCCUUCCCCAGCUCGCUGCUGGGGGGGGCGGCUCAGCACGCGCCCCAGGAUCUGUCCUCCGUGACCCAGGAGGACUUGGACGUGCUGGUGUCGAUACGCCGCGGAGUGAGGCUCCGCAAGACGGUGACUGACGACAGGUCGGGCCCCAGGAUCCUGCGGUAGCGGGAGGAGAGGAAGGCUGUGAAGCAGCUGUGUCCUUAUCUGACUAAACUGAAGCUUUGUAGUAAAAUGCAACAGCGCUCAUGUAAUACAUGAACUGAGGCACAAGGAGGAUGUAACAUGUGGUGAAUGAAGGCCAGUUGACUGACGUGAUGAGUGACCACCAACUAUGUCAAGUCAUUUCAUUUUAUGUCAUGUAUGUAUCGUGUACGUACAAAGUAAUCCAUAUUUUUUGGUUUUUAUUCUUCUGUUGUUUUUCUGUGUGGCUGUGCGUCUCUGCUCCCUGUGUGACCGGUAGUUCGAUCCCCGUCUGUCCCCUUGGACCCAGUGGCCGAGACGUCACGGGUUUGAACGCUGUGUGUCCUUGUUCUUGCUCUUAUGAUUAUUAUAAUAUUGUGCGUUUCUCUGACCACGGCGACCUGUCUGUGUGAGCCCGUCUGUGUGUGUUGUGUUUCUCAUCAUUACUGUACAAGUACCGUAUUACUGUUUUGUUUCAUAAGCUGAACAGCAGCUGUGUAAGUCAUGUAAAAUAGGAGCAAUAUGGCAGAGUUUUUAUUGCUGUACUGUACUGUCAAUAUAUUCUGCAAUUAAACAGGCUUUUUAUUGUUAA